AUGAGGACCGACGACGACGACGAGAUAGGGUCGCCCCUCUUACAGGACCACUUCUCUUCGACGGACCGUCUCGAAGUCGGCAGUGACGGAGGAGACUAUGGCACGGCUACCACCCCCCUUUACGAGAGCGAUUGCGCUACGCCCGGAUCCGAUGUUCAGGAGGGAGUGAGGCAGAUUGAGGCCGUCUCGAGGGCGUGGACCAAGUCAGCCUUGAUCGUGGCUUAUAUGAGCAUCUUUCUCAUCGCUUUCACAACGUCACUGGAGGGACAGGUCACAUAUGCUCUGACGGCUUUCGCUGUUAGCUCUUUUAACAACCACUCUCUGCUGUCGACUGUUUCGGUUGUUCAAAAUGUUGUCAAUGCCGUCAUCAAACCUCCUAUGGCCAAGAUAGCCGAUGUCUUUGGUCGUCUCGAGGCCUUUGCUAUUUCCAUCGUCCUUUGCGUACUUGGCUACAUCCUCAUGGCAGCCUCCAAGAACGUGGAAACCUACGCUUCUGCACAGAUCUUCUACGCGGCUGGCUCAACGGGAUUGCAGAUUCUUCAGCAGGUAUUCAUUGCCGACACCAGCUCCUUUCUCAACCGGGCUUUAUUCUCCAGUCUACCGGACAGCCCCUUUCUAGUCACGGUUUGGAUCGGUCCGCUGAUAGCGUCAGCCAUUCUGGCAACGACAACCUGGCGAUGGGGCUACGGCAUGUGGGCGCUCAUCCUGCCCGUUGCCUUUCUCCCCUUGGCCUUGAGUCUGUACCUCAACCGCCGAAAAGCCGAACAACUAGGGAUCCUCAAGCCCAAGCACCAUCAUAGCAACAACGACGAUGGCAGCACCAAGAUCAAGAUCCGCAACAUCCUCCUCCGCGACCUCGACAUGAUCGGCACCCUCCUCUUCAGCGCCGGCCUUUCCCUGAUCCUAAUCCCCCUAACCCUCAUCUCCCGUUCCCCCCAGGGUUGGCGCGACCCUAAGCUCCUGCCCAUGAUCAUCCUCGGCAGCUUCCUCCUCAUCCUUUUCCCUCUCUGGGAAUCCCGCCCCAACCUCGCUCCUCACCCGCUUUUACCCCUCGACCUCUUGAAGUCUCGCACCUUCGUCGCCGGCUGCACCCUAGGGUUCUUCUAUUUCAUGAUCUUCUACAUCGCAGUCAUGCCCUACUUCUACUCCUACCUCCUGGUAGCCCUCAACCUCCCCGUCAACCGCGCGGGCCAGAUAACCCAAACCUUCAGCUUCGCCUCCACCAUCGCCGCCAUCUUGGCCUCCCUCGCCAUCCGCCAAAGCAAGUCCCCCCGGCCGCGCCCCUUCAUCAUCGCCGGCGCCCUGCUCUACACCUUCGCCAUCGUCAUCCUGCUCAUGACCCGCACCAAGGGCGUCAGCAUCCCCUCUCUCUUCUCCGCGCAAGCCGUCCUCGGCGCCGGGGCCGGGCUGAUGCACGUGGCAACACAACUAGCCGUGCAAGCCUCGUGCGGCACCAAACACGCGCACGUCGGCGUCGCCACCGCGGCCUUUUUGACGCUGGUCGAAGUCGGGGCUGCCGUCGGAGCCGCGUUCAGCGGUGUAAUCUGGGGUCGUCUGAUCCCGCGCAAGCUGGUUGAAUAUCUCCCCGACGCGCUGAAAGGGGAGGCGAAAAAGAUAUAUGCUAGCGUGGUGGUGGCCCGCUCCUAUCCGUGGGGAAGCGUGGAGAGGGAGGCGAUUGCGCGGGCGUACCAGGAGACUGUCACGGUGCUGCUCAAGUGUGCGCUGUUUUGGUGCGUGCCGCUGGUGGUGGUGGCGCUUUUUGUGGGGGAUUAUAGGCUUGGUGAAGGGGGCGAGUGGUCGGAGGGACCGGAGGGGGAGGUUUGGAAUGGAAGGGGGUUGGUGGUAGGGAGGACCGGGGAAGAGGAGGUUGAUGAGCGGGCGAGGAGGAUGGAGGAACGGGUGGAGUGGUGGAGGUUUUGGGUUUGGAUGGGGAAGGGGGGGAAGGGGUAUUGUGGACGGAGGGGAAGGAGGAGAGGGACGGUGAGGAGGGAGGUGGUUGGGGAGGAUGAUGCGGCUGUGAGGUAA